UUGUAGAUAAAAGAGGCUCGAUUAAUUGAAAGUGCUUAUAAGACCUCGUCCAGACCCAGGGAAAUUGCGAUUAAGCUACCUCGACGUAAUGUCUCUCCCAAGCACUUACAAGCACGCGGUGUUCCCCGGCAUGGGACAGGCGUUGGUGGUUGAGGAGACGCCCUUGAAACUCCCUGGGCGCGGAGAGAUUCUCAUCAAGGUUGAGGCUUGUGGUGUCUGUUUUUCGGACAUGUUUGCCCAAAACAACGUCAUGGGUGGUGGGUUUCCGCUCUGCCCAGGCCACGAGAUAAUCGGUCGCGUCGCUGCCAUUGGUGAUGGGGUCACCGCGUGGAAGGUUGGAGACCGCGUUGGCGGCGGUUGGCACGGCGGUCAUGAUGGCUCUUGCACCGCAUGCUCCAAGGGCUGGUUUCAGAUGUGCGAUAACCAGGUCAUCAACGGCGAGACAAAGGCCGGUGGAUAUGCGGAGUAUAGCAUUCUCCGCUCCGAAGCGACCGUGAAUAUUCCCGAACAUGUCGACGCCGCUAAAUAUGCCCCAAUUCUUUGCGCCGGCAUGGCCGUAUUUAACUCGAUCCGACACAUGAACAUUGCCGUGGGCGACCUGGUCGCUAUUCAGGGCAUAGGGGGUCUUGGACAUCUCGCUAUUCAAUAUGCCGCCCACAUGGGAUAAGCAAAUCGCAAGGGUCCCGGGCCACCACGUCACGCGCUUUUUACGCGAAUUCGCAUAUAUAAAUCCCUAUACCCAACGCAAUCAGUUUUUACCUUCUAACCUUCUUUUUAUAUUUAAUCGAAUUACCUUUUU